AUGAUUUAUCCAUAUGGUGUUGUCGACAAUCCAACUAGAUACAAUGUUGGAGUCGCUGAAGGACGGAGACGUUUUAUUGGUGGCGGCCGUCUAAGUAACCUUCGUAUUUGCUACAAUCGUUCACAAGGAUUGACAUUUUAUUGGAAGGCUGUCAGAUCGUUGACUUCUUCUCAGACAACUUACAUAAGAGGAUCGCUGCGUGUUAAUCUUGAUCUUCUCCAAAUUUCAAUUAGGUUUCAGUCAAUAACCCCUUUCACUUGUGAAAAAACAAAAGAAGGACAAGAAACCAUCCAUGAAAGAAAUAAACCUUAUCAGCUCCACCAGCAUGUUUUAACUGACAUUCUGCAAGACCCAUGGAUCAGAUGCAUAUUUUUUAUGAGUAUACAGAUUUUGUUCCAGGCAUCUGUUUCACAUGGAAAGCUGCAAACCUAUCAUGGAAGAUCACCAAUUGCUAUAAUUAGUUGAUUGAAGUCCCACUUGUGAACUUUAAUAUACAAUUUCUUAACGAAAGAUAAGGAUUAGACUUCUGGAAUUGAACAUUUUUUCUCAUUUUCAAUUGAUUAGUUACAUAUCAACAUUUAUAAUCUAUCCUAACUACAAACUUUCUCAACAACAAAUGUAUACACUAUUCUUAGUAAUCUCCAACUUUAUUUAUGUUAACAUUUGUUGCUAUCUGCUCUCCGUUAAAAUUAUUGUUG